AUGGCUGAAAUGGAUGAAUCUCGACAACGUCACUGAGAAGCCAUUUAAAAUCCUUCCUACACCCUUUUUGAAAUAAUUUACGCUUUCACCGCCACCGAGAGUGAGCCGUGCAGUAAAUCCAUGUCAUGUUGCUCUGAUGUCUCUACCCAUUUUGCGCUUGAACAAUGGUUACUUUGAGCGUUUACCUCUACGCAUAUUAUCCUUAGUUUGCUUUGCGCAUCUCAAGCGGAGUCUGUAGCUACCGAGCGGCUAAUUAAAUUAGAGGCUUUUCGUUUGUUUUCAAUUUGUUCGAGGGAGCGCGGACUUUUCGUUUUACACACAGAAGUUUUUACAACGUUCUCCUGUCUUCAUAUUUGAGCGGUACCUCUCGGAUUACGGACAACAACCCGUCGAAAAGUUCAUCACGGUGUCCAAACAAGGAACUUUAGGCUCUGCCAUGGUGAACAGUCAGGUGCCUGGCAGUGGGUCUCCCCCCAGGUCGUGCGCGGGCUGCGGGGGCCGGAUAGCCGACCGCUUCCUGCUCUUCUCCAUGGAGAGGUACUGGCACACGCGCUGCCUCAAGUGCACCUGCUGUCAGGCCCAGCUGGGCGAGAUCGGGACCACCUGCUACAGCAAGGGCGGCAUGAUCCUAUGCAGAAGCGACUACAUCAGACUGUUUGGUCACUCAGGGGCAUGCGGUGCUUGUGGACAAUCCAUUCCUGCCAGUGAGAUGGUGAUGAGGGCACAGGGCAAUGUCUACCACCUCAAGUGUUUCACCUGUGCCACUUGCCGAAAUCGACUGAUGCCUGGCGAUCGCUUCCACUACGUGAACGGCACCAUCUUCUGUGAGCACGACCGUCCUGGCGGGUCCCUACUGAGCAGUCACCUGCAGCCCCUCCAGAGCAACCCUGUGCUGCCCGAUCAGAAGGUUUGCUGAAGGGUAGAAGUUGCUGACUGGUCGACAUGUUCCUCUCCAAACCGCACUUCUCUCUGGAGCAACUUCUUCUCAGCUUCUGGUGUUUUUGGCUUCUGCAAUUCCUGGAUCCUUUCUGUGUCCGUGGAUCACUUAACCAUCAGAUUGGAGCACUUAUUUUGAUAAGGUACACAUGUGAUAUGGGCAGACCAGCAAAACUACAGACUCAACUAACCAGAUGUGCAUCAAGUAUAUAAGGUUUUUUUUCUCUUCGACAUUGCUUCACUUAAAAUACAUUGUCAGGACUGCAAAUGCCAUGUUUUCUGUAAGUCAUCCCUGUCGGUGAACUGUCAGUAAUCUAUCUGUCAGAACUGUCAGUUUAAUUUAUACAAGGCAGAUCUGAACAUUUUCAGCCGCCAUUCAGUCAUUCUUUGUUUUCAGGGUAUUUUUUUAUAUAUAUCAAGUCAGUUGACUUCAUACAUCUUCAGAUUUUGGAGGUGACCUGUAAAUAUUUUUUUAUAAUGGUAUUGUGUGCUACAUUCUAAUUCUAUUGUCUAAAAUGUAACAUCCUCUUUUCUUAAAUGGAUGUCUAUUUAUGAUGUGAAAUUAUCAAAUGGUAAAUAAAUACUUGAAACCAUA